AUGGGAGCUGAUUACCCAAAAAAUCCCUGGGAAAAAAGAAAAGAUAUCUCGGUAACGAAAACCAUAGGAGGCUGUAUUGGCGAGAUCCAAGGGUUCACAGCAGCCCAAAAGAAAAACCGCCUGGAAGUCCGAGGACCUUUAGUACCGUACCGAACCAGCAGCCUUCGCGCCAAGCGACGACCGCCCUUGUCCCUUUCCUUUUUCCAUUCAGCCUACUUCUUAGCUUUGUUCCGUCAGUCUAAGGCAAAGUCCGUGACGAAGAUCUUUCUAUCAAUAGAUAGGAAUGAGUGUUCGUUAUAG